ACGGAGAGUGGCCACGAGACUCGCUGGGACCUGUGCUGACUCUUGCUGCUCAAGAUGACAGCAAGAGACGGGCCCCAAGACAGGUACAAGGCUGUCUGGCUGAUCUUCUUCAUCCUUGGCCUGGGAACGCUGCUGCCAUGGAAUUUCUUCAUGACCGCUAGGGAGUAUUUCAUCAGCCGCCUUGCAGACCCGGAAGAGAACAGUCAUGUCUGGAACCAGACCAGUGAGGCUGCCUCGUCCCAGUCCUACCUACAGUCCAUGUUUGACAACUUCAUGACUCUCUGCGCCAUGGUGCCCCUCCUCAUCUUCACCUGCCUCAACUCCUUCAUCCACCAGCGGAUUCCCCAGCAGAUCCGCAUCUCAGGCAGCCUGGUGGCCAUUGGGCUGGUGUUUUUAGUCACUGCGAUCAUGGUGAAGGUUGCCAUGGAGCCUCUUCCUUUCUUCAUCUUUACCAUGAUCAGCAUCGUCUUCAUUAACUCCUUUGGCGCCAUCCUCCAGAGCAGCCUCUUUGGGCUGGCAGGGCUGCUGCCUGCCAGCUACACAGCUCCCAUCAUGAGUGGGCAGGGCUUGGCAGGCACCUUUGCUGCUUUGGCGAUGAUCUUCAGUAUUGCCAUUGGCGCCCAGCAGCCUGAGAGCUUCAUCGGUUACUUCACCACGGCCUGUGUGGCGAUCGUGCUGGCAAUCUUCUCCUACAUCCUUCUGCCUCGCAUGGAUUUCUUCCGAUACUACUCCAUGAAGGACAAGACUGAGUACAGUGUGUACAAUGCAGAGUUGGAGACCAAGAGAGACCUGAUUAAAAAAGAUGAGCCCAAUGGGAUGGAGCAGAAUAACUCAAAGAUCAUCCCCACCCACAACCCUGAUGAGAAGCCCUCGGUCAUUGCUAUCUUUAAGAAGCUCUGGGUCAUGGCUGUGUCUGUCUGCUUCGUCUUCACUGUCACCAUUGGCGUCUUUCCUUCCAUCACAGCCAAGGUGUCCACUGUCCUCGGAGAGGGAAACAAAUGGGAUUUAUACUUCAUCCCUGUCUCCUGCUUCCUGCUCUUUAAUGUCUUCGACUGGACAGGACGGAGUCUCACUGCCCUCUUCACAUGGCCUGGGAAGGACAGCUGCCUCCUGCCAGUGAUGGUGGCCCUCCGUGUCAUCUUUAUCCCUCUUUUCAUGCUGUGCAACGUGCAGCCCCGUGACUACCUGCCUGUCGUAUUCUCUCAUGACGCCUGGUACAUCAUCUUCAUGAUCUUCUUCUCCAUCUCCAAUGGCUACCUGGCCAGCCUCUGCAUGUGCUUCGGGCCCAAGAAAGUACUUGCCCAUGAAGCAGAGACAGCUGGAGCUGUGAUGGCCUUUUUCCUGUCACUGGGCUUGGCCCUAGGAGCUGCCGUCUCCUUUCUGUUCCGAAUUCUCAUCUAG